UUAUAAACAUUACAAAAAAAAUGUAGUGAUGAUUUACAUAAAAGUUUUAGUAAUACUCUUUAAUGUUUUUAUUGUUGUAUAUACUCAAAGUAAUGAAGCAUUUUGUGAAAUUUCUCAAAGUGCAUCCGAAGUAAAUAAAAAUUGUGGAAAAAAUAAAUAUUAUGAUAGAAAAAGAUACAUUCUUUAUGAUGUUAACUUUCCAGAAGGAUUUAAUUUACGUAGAGAUGUAUAUGUUAGAGUAGCUGUUUUCAUAAAAAAUUUGAUAGACAAUGAUGUUGAAUAUGAUUGGAAUUUAGUUCUACCACCCUGGAAUAAAUUAUAUCAUUGGAAGAGUAAAAAUGUUGGAGAAAAAACUCAGCUUCCAUGGAGUUUAUUUUUUGAUAUUAAUAGUCUUAAAAAGUUCAUACCAGUUAUGGAAAUGUAUGAAUUUAUGACUGAGUAUAAAUCAAAUAAUAAUAUUAUUAUGCUGGAUAAGGUUUAUAUUCUUCAAAAUGAUUUGAAAAUGUUUGAAACUGGUGAUUUUCAAGAAAGAAAUGAAAUUACUGAGUGCAAUGUAGACAAAAUUAAUUAUAAAAAGAAAAAUGGUAAUUUCAUUGGAUAUUUUUGGGGAUACAAAAAUAUUACAGCAAAAGAUUUAAAUUGCAUUACAUUUCAUGGAUCAACGUCAGAUUUAAAACAAAAUUUAAAUCCAUUUUUGUACAGUUCUUUUAUGUUUGAUCAUAUGGAAAUACCAUUACAUGAUUAUUAUGGCUCAGCAAAUUUUUGGAAAGCAAGAAGAAGCAUGCGUUACAAUCCAGAAUUGUAUGAUAUAGCUCAUGAUUAUCGGAAUAAAUUUCUGAAUUCUUCUGACGCAUAUGAUAAUACAAUAAGGCCUUUAGAUUGGCGAAAUGAAAAAAGAUCUAGAGAUGCAAUAGGAGGCCCUUAUUUAGCAGUUCAUUUAAGAAGACAAGAUUUUUUGACUGGUCGAGCUAACUCAGUACCAACCUUAAAAAAUGCAGCAUCACAACUGACAAAAAAAAUGAAAAAAUUAAAACUUACAAAAUUAUUUGUAGCUACGGAUGCUCCAAAUUCAGAAUUUGAAGAGCUCAAAGAACAAUUAUCGAAUUAUGAAGUAUUUAAAUAUAAUCCUUCAGAUUCAAUACGGCAAAAAUUCAAAGAUGGGGGUGUAGCAAUAAUUGAUCAAAUUAUUUGCUCAUACGCUAGAUAUUUUAUUGGAACUUAUGAAUCAACUUUUUCGUUCAGAAUACAAGAAGAUCGAGAAAUUAUUGGUUUUCCUACAAAAAGUACGUUUAACAUGUUGUGUGGUAAUCAAAAAUGUGAACAUAGUAGUCAAUGGGAAAUAGUUUGGUAAAAAAAAAGAAAAAACAAUUUUAUUACAAGUUUCUUAAAAAUUUUAUUCCAUAAUCGGUAGUACGUAAAGAAAUGUAACGACGUGUGUACCAUGCGCAUAUUUUGAUGAAACGUUAGAAUGAUA